ACGAUGUUUACACAUUUAUGAAAGUAUUAAUUUACCAAUGUAUGUGCAUUUGUUCAUGCUGUGUCAGAUUAAUAAAUAUCUUUUGAAAAAACAAGAACGUGCCCCAGUGCACACGCCUCGAGCUAAAGAGGAGAUUUUUUUGUUUGUUUGUUUUAUUUAUUUUUCAUAUAAAACAAAACCCCUGUCGCUUUAAGGACGGAGGAGGGCGGAAACGAUUCCAGGGCCGUGUUCAUUUAAAUGUCUUUUCUGCAGAGCGGUGUUGACGCGAGGUUCAGAGAGCUAUCAGAAGCAGCAUGCAAAUGCAUGAGAUCGGCUUUCAUAUGGGGAAAACCGUCCAAAACUUCCUGGGGACCGGAACCGUGUUUGUCGUUUAAUUAUAUAUAUAUUUUUAUUUCGCUCUGUUUUUUUUGUUUUUUUAAGGGCAAUUCAAUAUGGAUUUGCACAUUUUGGAUCAUAGACUGAGAGUGACUAGCAUCUGCAAGGAAGGUUUGGUGCAUUUCACGCACUCGCUGAUCAAACUCAUGUUCCUCCGGAACAGAACGAGGUGUAAAUUCUUCAGCCUGACCGAGACCCCAGACAAUUACACAGUGGUAUUGGACGAGGAAGGAUUUCAAGAGCUGCCCUCGUCGGAACAUCUGCAGGUGGAAGGCGCCACCUGGCUGCCACUCAAUGUGGUCUCCAAUGGUAACGCCUCCAGCAGCUCCCAGGCCGUGGGGGUCACCAAGAUAGCCAAGUCCGUCAUCGCUCCGCUGGCAGAGCAGCACGUCUCGGUCUUCAUGCUCUCCACCUACCAGACUGACUUCAUCCUGGUCCGUGAGAAGGACCUGCCUGUGGUCAUCCACACUCUGGAGGAGGAGUUCAAUAUUUACCGGGAGGAAGGGGGUGAGCCCGUCCCGGUGCACAGCAAGGACAUGCAGAACGGCUUCCACAAGAACGGGAAGGAAGUGAAGCUGACUGUGCACCCGGUCCUGAGCCCACAGAACCAGUUCUGUGUGAUGAGUUUGGACCCAGACACCCUGCCUGCAAUAGCCACCACCCUCAUUGAUGUGCUUUUCUACUCAAACAGCUCUGUGAAGGACGAGGCCCCUCCCACUCAGGGGCUGGACUGUAUCAAGUUUUUCUCCUUCUCUCUGAUUGAUGGCUACAUCUCCAUCGUCAUGGAUACCGAAACGCAGAGACGGUUUCCCACCAAUCUGUUGUUUACCAGUUCCUCUGGUGAGCUCUGGAGAAUGGUGCGCAUUGGAGGACAGCCGCUAGGCUUCGACGAGUGUGGGAUUGUUGCUCAGAUCUCCCAGCCCCUGGCAGAGGCAGACAUUUCUGCCUAUUACAUCAGCACCUUUAGCUUCGACCACGCCCUGGUUCCUGAGGAGGAUAUCAGCAGUGUGAUCUCCAUGCUACAGCAGCAGAGACUGGAGGUUGUGAGCUGACUAGUUCCCACACACAGAG